AUGUCAACAACUGUAAAAAGUGAGAAGCGCAAAUUUACUCGUUGGGGAAGAAUUGAUGAUGGGAAAUCGUUGAUUAUUCACAAUUCCACAAAAUCAUUCUUAAAUGAGUUGAAAAUGCUAUCCAACAGGGCAUAUAACGUUUCUGACGAGGAACUCGGCUGUCGUUGGGGCGCAGAGGAGGAUAAACCCUUUUUACCACCUCCCUAUGUUGACCUUCCACCAGGACUAACCCCUGCUCAAAUUGACCAGUUCCUUAGGGAGCAACGCCACGACGAACUUGCUCGCAAGAUUACUUCGGGAGAGCUCGAGUUCGUAGACGCUGAAAUUCGACCACCUUCCCCUCCACCAGUCUACGACAAGAACGGCAGUAGAGUUAACACGCGUGACGUUAGGGUAAAGAACUCAAUGAACGAGGAGUACAAUAGACUGGUUGAGUUUCUGCUGAAGAAUUUACCUGGAUUUGUCGCCUCAGCCGACUACAAACCACUCAAAAAAGUCAGGAAAAUCAUCAUACCACUAGACAAAUAUCCAGAGUACAACUUUAUGGGUUUGGUGAUUGGUCCCCGAGGCUGUAAUCACAAACGCUUGGAGGCAGAGAGUGGCGCCCAGAUAAGCCUGAGGGGUCGUGGAACAGUGAAGGACGGGAAGAACAGAGACCACCAGACUGAUGAGGACGCUGCAAUGCCCAUGCACGUUCACAUCACCGCAGACCGCGAGGAGUGUGUACAAAAGGCUGUUGAACUUAUUGAGCCGCUCCUAGACCCUUUCCACCCCAAACACGAGGAGUUUAAGCGACUUGGCCUUGAACAAUUAGCCCUGGUUAACGGCGUUGCACUUGGCAUUGUUGAUAUCGCAAGGUGCAGUAUCUGUGGCGCUUCAGGCCACAGAGCCCAUGAAUGCCAAGAUAUGCCUGCGCCUUCUGUUCCAAGAGUUGAAAUUGUACCUUCACUACUUCAUACAGGAUAUUAUUUACUACUCAGUUAA